CUGAGCUGUCCAGCAGUGAAGAGAUAGUCUAUGCCACUUAUCACCUGGGCAAAGACAAAGUCGAUGCUGUCCAUCCAACUGACUCGCUCGCCGCCUGCAACUCGACCAACUCGGUCACGCUCUCCGGCGUCGUGACAUCAUCACAAUCGGGAUUUUGGCCGUGUUUGAGAUAUCAAAGUCAAACUGAUCCAAAGAGGCAUAAAAAGAGGCGUCCCUGGUCUUUUCAGUCCGCGCCUGUCCGUCGUGGACGUCGUCGUCCUCCUUACGGCUCUUGGCACACCCCAACCUCAAGCAGGAUCUGCGCCUGGCAUGACAGACUAUGCACGCAAGUAUAAGAAGGGAAAGGUACUAGAUGCGCCUGCGACACCUACACCGGCAGCUGCACCUGCCAAGUCCUCGGCUGUAGAUUCGGAUGCGCUAGAUCAGACCGCGCAAGAGAAGUCAGCCAGCGACCGGAAGCAUCAUCACCCAAAGCACACGUCCCGUCAUCAAAGGAACGAUGAGCCCAGGUCAUCUCGACACCGUCAUUCGCACCAUCGCAGUGAACGAGAUGAUGGCCGUCAUUCAAGACGAAGCUCGCGGCCUGCCGAGGAAGACAGACACAAGCGGAGAAGCCGCACAAAGGACGAUGAUCAUGAGAGGCACUACAUCGAUUAUGCCACAUCGCCAGCCAAGCCUGAUAGGCAACCGCGCACAAACCGACCAGAUCACGAGGCUCGGCGCAAGGAACGCGAGCAGAACAGAUUGAGUCGGACCUCUUCUGUCGCCGAGUCAGCGACAGAUGCGCCAAGCGACACUCGAACGCUUUCUGCAAUGGCCGAGGAGGGAGAUGGCGCGCAGACGCCCAAAGCGCCUCAGUCCUCUGGCCAGGAUACGCCCAAAUCGGCCAGUCUUUUGGUUAGCAUCUUGCCAGCUUCCUUGUUCGGCUCAGGCGUCAAUGUCGACGAUGAGCCGACGAGUCAAGCUGCAAAACAGCCAGUUGCGACACCUCAUGAAGCCGAUCAAUCCAUCUCCGGCACGGAGGAUGAUUCACGCAGUCUCGUCACUGCGAACGACGGAGGCAACACGGAUGACGACGAGCAUGCAGCGCAGCCUUUCGCAGCGGAUGAAAAAACAGCUUCUGGCAAUACAGAUCGUUCGGCGCCCGACGCUGAAGAUGGCCCAUCAAAGGACAGCAAGCAUGUUCGCAUGGCCGAAACCGCCGCAGCUGGAACAGCUACAGGCAUUGCUAUCAAGAAGCAUCACCGGAGCAAACGCACGAGCAGAGCUGAAGAGAAGCCAGAGACGACAGCCACAGCGGCGGCUUCAGUACCUCCGACCUUGCCUAAUUCGGGCUCCUUCUCGCAGCCAAAGUCAAGCUACAAAAUGACCGGUGUGGACUCGAUGUUGAUCUACAUGGAGGACAAGACCUACGCUCCCACUUGCUAUUCCGUGUAUUCGUUCGUCAAGCCUCUCGAUCGCAAGACCGUCGAAAACUUCUUGGUCGGCCUGACAGAAGCAUUCACAAAGUACCAAUAUCGGGUCGUACGACGCAACAAGACAUUCAGAGGGCCUCGAUGGGAGCGCAUGCCAAGCAGCUGGUCGCCCUCGCAGAACCUAAGAGAAGUCAGGCUGCAUUCAGGUCGCAAUGGCGAUGCCGACCUGUUCAAGCGUAUCGGCGAUCAUAUCGCCGGCCCGUUCGAUCCAUCCCUGCCGCCUUGGGAGCUCAUGCUCUUUCAGAACGUCAAUGGAUCCGAUGGCACCGUGUCUGCGCUGGGUAUCAAAGUUGCGCACUACUUGAGCGAUGGGCAGGGCUUAAUUCAAUCAUAUCACAUCGUGCUACAAUCGAUGGCCCAUCAGCAGAACAUUGCCGACAUCAAGCGAGACAUCGCACAUCAUCGCAGACCUCCAAACAAGACGCUCGGACCAUUCUCAGCGCUCUACCCCGGUACCAUCAGGCACAUGGCACAUGGCGCGAAUAAAUUAUUCUUGGCAAAGUCUCGCACGGCGUUUACGUACAAAGACAAGAAAGCGUCACGCGCGACUGGCAGGCUAUACGCUCACUCUGCCGGAAUGCCAUUGGACCAGAUCAAGCUCAUCCGCGAAGCCUUCAAGCAUACGCAAGCCUCGCUCAACGACGUGGCCAUGGCCAUCCUUGCCCGAGCCGCUCGCCGUACUGCAUCUACAGAGAAAGUGGCGACGAAGGACAAGCACUUUUGCUUCCUCGUUCCUGUAUCGUAUCGACCAGCGGAUAAUUGGGAAGUUGCAAAUCUAUCGACCGCCAGUCUGGCUUGGUUCGACUUCAAGGAUCCCAAGGUCUACACGAUUGAGGAGCAAAUCAUACAGGCACAUCAUGAGAUGAACAUCAUCAAGAGAUCAAACCUGCAUUCCAUCGCCUUCAAAUUCUUUGAUAUCUUCUACAAAGUUCCGGCGUUCUAUACGCCCAAUUGGCGAAUCUUCAAAUCGACGUACUACAAGAUCUUCUCGCAGUAUCAUGUCGCCUCCAAUCUACCCGGUCCUCCCAAGCCUAUCAGUUGGAUGGGCAACGAAGCGAUCAGCUACCACGUCCUCCCGCCUUCGAGUCCUGGCAAAUCUACGCUAGCCUUGGGCAUGAUCUCGUACGCGUCCAACUUCUCAAUCGCUAUCUCUUGCGACGAUGUGCCAGAGUUCCGCAAGCUGCCACAGGACUUUUGCCGAGCCUUCGACGACGUCGCGCGUGAGUUUGUCUCUGAAGCUAAGAAGAGGCUCGGGUCGCUCGAGAAAUCAUCCGAGAAGCAUGACGAGCCGGCCAUUGCCGAGCCUGGUCAAAAACCUGCCGACAUCACACAUCAUGUGCAUGCCAGCGACGUGCAGACCGACUCGCAAGAAGAAUCGGAUUCAACUCAGGUAGAACCUGCAGCCCCGAAAUCGGAAGCCUAAUUAUCGCAAACCUCUGAUGUAAAACCAAUAGACUGUGCGUUGCAUCAUCACAAUUACAUCAAAACGAGAGAUGAUUCGCUUGUGGUCAUCGCGUUCCCGACUGAUCUGUCAUGCGAUACUGCGCGAAGACGGACGUCGUUUCU